AUAUGACAUCUGUCCAUUUCAUUUAAAGGGACAUCGAUAAAGUUGAUGAAUUAAUGCAGGACAUUGCUGACCAGCAAGAACUUGCAGAGGAGAUUUCAACAGCUAUUUCAAAACCUGUAGGGUUUGGAGAAGAGUUUGACGAGGAUGAACUCAUGGCAGAAUUAGAAGAACUAGAACAGGAGGAACUAGAUAAGAAUUUGCUGGAAAUUGGUGAACCUGAAUCAGUCCCUCUACCAAAUGUUCCCUCUAUAGCCCUACCAUCAAAACCCACCAAGAAGAAGGAAGAGGAAGACGACGACAUGAAGGAAUUGGAGAACUGGGCCGGAACCAUUUAAUUGGUUUAGCGCGAGCUGGGCCCAGACAGACUUUGGUGGCCUGCACAGCGGGCAGGCGUGUGCGUGUGCGUGUGCGGGUCAGGCAGGACGUGGUGCAGGCAGGUUCCAUCGCUCUCGAAUCUCCCUCCAAAGCAGUAGGGCCGCGUCACUGCUCAUUCUGCAUAGCAUGGUCUGCACCCAGCAAGGUGGGU